GCAUGUAGCAGUUAUUCUGGACAUUUGUGCUCCUGAGUGGCGCAGAGCGGACACCCGGACGGGGCCCCUGGGAUCAGCCAGAGAAACACCGGCGACAUGUUUGGCAGCCUGCUCAAAGACUUCGAGGACGACCCUUUCUUUUCGGAAUCCUUAACUGCUCACCAAGAACAUGUGAGACAGAUGAUGAGAAGUUUCUCUGAUCCUUUUGGCCGGGAUCCAUUCUUCAGUAUCACAGAUGGCAGAUCUCCGGGUCAAAGAGGGCGGCAGGGGUCCCAGGUGGCCCUGAGGGAAGAUCACAGGGCCUCAAGUUUGUCUCACAUGCCUUCAGACAUUUUCAAGGGCCUGACCCCCGAUGUCAAGGACUCCUUCCGCUCCAUCGAUAACAUGAUGGUGAACAUGCGGAACAGAAUGUUCGACAUGCACCGGCAAUUUGAGGGACUGUCAGACACAUCGGACAUUCACUCCUUUCACUCCUCAUCAGUGAUGACAUAUUCUAAGACCGGAGAUGAACCUCCAAAGAUUUUCCAAGCUACAAGCCAAACCCGCAAGGCUCCUGGGGGCAUUAAAGAGACGAAGAGAGCUGUCCGAGACUCUGAAAGUGGAGUGGAAAAAAUGGCUAUUGGACAUCACAUUAAAGAAAGAGCCCACGUCAUCAAGAAGUCUGUGAACAACAAAACCGGCGAUCGGGAAGUCAACCAAGAAUUUAUGAAUUUAGAUGAAUCGGACGCGCUAUCAUUUGACAAUGAGUGGCAACAAGAGAUCUCAAAGUUUAAGCCAUCCGGAGGAAGACCUUCCAUAGAAGCUCCAAAAAACAAAAGUACUCAUUUUAAAACAAAAAUAGGACCUCCAGACGUUCCAAGAAGGUGAGGGAGCGAUGCAUUUCAAAAAUGGUCAUCUAGAAGGUCCGAUUCUUCAUGCAAACGCAUCCCUUGCAAUAGCGGCCGGUUAAAUAAAUGAGUGAGACACGCA